AUGGCGUCGAAAAUUAAGGCCGGUCCAGUGGUGGACAUUCUGGGCGAUGAGAUGACCCGUAUCAUCUGGGACUCGAUCAAGGAGAAGCUGAUCCUACCCUUCCUAGACAUCGAGCUGCACACGUACGAUCUUGGAAUGGAACAUCGCGAUGCGACGAACGAUCAGGUGACGGUCGACUGUGCGGAAGCGAUCAAGCGCUUCAAUGUUGGAAUCAAGUGCGCCACGAUCACGCCGGACGAAGCGCGCGUAGAGGAGUUCAAGCUGAAGCAAAUGUGGCGCUCUCCUAACGGUACGAUCCGUAACAUUCUCGGCGGUACCGUGUUCCGUGAGGCGAUCAUUUGCAAGAACGUGCCACGGUUGGUGCCGGGCUGGGAGAAGCCCAUCAUAAUCGGUCGCCACGCUCACGGCGAUCAGUAUAAGGCGACCGACUUUCUGGUGCCCGGCCCUGGCAAGCUGGAGAUGAAGUUUACCCCGGCCGAUGGUGGCGAACCGCAGACGUACGUCGUGAACGAAUACAAGAGCCCGGGUGUAGCAAUGGGCAUGUACAAUCUGGAUGAUUCGAUUCGGGACUUUGCUCAUUCCUCGUUCAAGGUUGCGGUGGAUCGCAAGUUCCCGCUAUAUCUUAGCACCAAGAACACAAUCCUGAAGAAAUACGAUGGACGGUUCAAGGACAUUUUCCAGGAAAUUUACGACAAGGACUACAAGAAGCAGUUCGAAUCGCUCGGCAUCUGGUACGAGCAUCGGUUGAUCGAUGAUAUGGUUGCGUACUGCAUGAAGGCCGAAGGUGGCUUUGUGUGGGCCUGUAAGAACUACGACGGCGAUGUUCAGUCGGACACGGUUGCCCAGGGUUUUGGUUCGCUCGGUCUAAUGACAUCGGUGCUGGUGUGUCCAGAUGGACGCACGGUAGAGUCGGAGGCUGCGCACGGUACAGUCACGCGGCAUUACCGCCAACAUCAACAGGGUAAGGAAACGUCUACCAAUCCGAUUGCGUCGAUCUUUGCUUGGACGCGCGGUCUGUUGCACCGUGCCAAGCUGGACGAUAAUGCCGAGCUGAAGCGAUUCGCAGAAACACUCGAGAAGGUGUGCAUCGAUACGAUCGAGUCGGGUUUCAUGACCAAAGAUUUGGCUAUCUGCAUAAAGGGCAUGGCCAAUGUGAAGCGCUCUGAUUACAUGGAAACGUUCGAGUUUAUGACUAAGCUUGGUGAUAAUCUGCAGGCGGCCCUUACGCAGAGCCGGCUGUAG